AUGGACGCUCCCAAGACAGCCGCCCCUCGCGCCCCCAUGGUCGACUACGACUCCGACUCGGGCUCCGACGCCACGAGCGCCAGCGACGAGGCCACGCCGACGACCUCGACGGCCGCCACGCCCGUCGAGUGGCUCGCCACAGGCCGCGCCAAGCGCUCGACGGCCGGCAACCGGAUGAAGUCGAUGCUGGCCCACGAGGACCCGGACUCGGAUCUCGAGCUGCUGUUCGCCGAGGACGACGACGACGCCGGCUUCACCGACGUCGAGGACGGCGUGUCCGACGUGCAUAUGGACUCGUCGUCCGACUCGGAGGACGACGCAGCGCCAAACGGCGCCGCCGCCGCCGACCAAGACCUCGCCGGCGAGCAGAAGCUCGAGAGCCAGGCCAAGGAGCACCGCGCCGCCCAGCGGCGGUAG